AUGGAGACUCUGCAACCACUGUCUCACGUUCCUAUCUCUAACCACCGGUUCGAUGUUCAAGAGAUGAUUAGUAGCAUCUGGACUAAAGAAGAGAACAAGAUGUUCGAACGAGCUCUUGCCAUAUACGCUGAAGAUUCUCCUGAUCGUUGGUUCAAAGUUGCUUCCUUGAUCCCUGGAAAGACUGUUUUGGAUGUUAUGAAGCAAUACAGUAAGUUAGAAGAAGACGUUUUCGAUAUCGAAGCAGGACGUGUUCCCAUUCCUGGUUACCCUUCAGCUUCUUCUCCUUUCGGGUUUGAUCCGGACUCGUGUCGUAAACGGCCUGUUGGAGCAAGAGGAUCUGAUCAAGACAGGAAGAAAGGAGUCCCUUGGACAGAAGAAGAACACAGGAGAUUCUUGUUAGGGCUUCUCAAGUAUGGGAAAGGAGAUUGGAGAAACAUAUCGAGAAACUUUGUAGUGUCGAAAACUCCCACGCAAGUCGCGAGCCACGCACAAAAGUAUUACCAGAGACAGCUCUCCGGAGCCAAGGAUAAACGCCGGCCAAGCAUACAUGACAUGACAACCGUCAAUCUUCUCAACGCUAAUCUCAACCGUUCCUUUUCCGAUCAUAGAGAUAUUCUUCCGGAUCUAGGGUUUAUCGACAAGGAUAAUGCCGAGGAAGGAGUAAUGUUUUUAGGUCAGAAUCUAUCAUCGGAUCCAAACAUGUUUUCUCCAUCACAAUCUUCCUUCGAUGCUGCCAUUAACUUCACCGGGGGAGAUGCUUUUGAUGCCGGAGCUUAA